AUGGGGGAGAGAAGGGAGGACGCUUCCCCCGACUUCUUCCUCUUCCCCUUCUCCCCCCGGAAUUUUGCCCGCGGAUGCUGUCGAUGGGGCCAGAACUGCCGCUUCUCGCACGACAGAAAGUCAGCCCAGAUCUGCAGGUACUUCCAGAGUGGGUUUUGCAGCUACGGAGAGCGGUGCAGCGUGAUGUGUGUGGCCUUCAAGUUCCCAAGUGUGGAGGUUGAAGAAGAAGAGAAAGACAAGAACAACCCAGCACCUGAUAACGUCCCCCGUGGGGCCAUCGGCGGAGAAUUUGCCCCUGCACGAGUUCGGGGUACUGCAGGCUCCCAACCACAAGGGCCGGGACCAGAUCCAAACUCGGCUGACCCCAGAGAGGCAGUGGUGGAGACGGCGGUGGGAACUGACCCUGCGGAGGUCCCCGCGGAGCCGGGUGCUGCCGCAGCCCCGGUCCCCACCGCAGUGCUGAGGGCCCGCAGCGAGACCGUGGUGUGUGGCAUCUGCAUGGACCGCGUGUAUGAGAAGCUGCUGCCAGAGGAGCGGCUCUUUGGGAUCCUCCCAAACUGCAGCCAUGCAUACUGCGUGGGCUGCAUCCGCAAGUGGCGUCGCAGCCGGGACUUCCAGAGCGUGGUCAUCAAGGCCUGCCCAGAGUGCCGGGUCACCUCCAGUUACUACAUCCCCCACAAAUACUGGGUCUCGGACGUGGGUGAGAAGGAGAAGCUCAUCGAAACCUUCAAGGCGCGGACAGGGAAAAUCAGGUGCAAAUUCUUUGUCCGCAACCGUGGCCGCUGUCCGUUCAAGUCAGACUGCAUCUACCUGCACGAGCUGCCCGCUGAGUUCAGCCCUUCUCCCUCGGAGAGCUCUGAUGAGGAAGACGAGGAGCUCUGCAUGCUCGAAUGGGCGCUCUCACUGAUGGAGACGGGCUUUCGCUACUCGACUUAUGACCACGAGAUGCUCUUCAUGGACUUCAGUGACUCCGACUAA